AUGUCUAUAAUCAACCGAAACCAUCCAAGAAAUACCCUGAGCCACCGGUUUUUUGAGUUUCUCAAACGGGAGAUCAAGGAACAAUACUCAAAGAUUGUCAUUGCAGGUGAUUAUAACUUACAUCACAAGGAAUGGGAGUCAAGGGCAGGUCCGAAUACGGAAGCAGAUGAAGUUGUUGAGUGGCUACAUGAAAAUGAUAUGAUGUUAAUUACUCCAAGAAAUCAAAAAACAUACAACAAUAGAACCAAUAUUGAUUUGGUUUAUGGCUCAGUGGACUUACUUCAUAGAAUUUCAUUUAGUGGAGUGGAUGAAAAUACACUAAGUGAUCACUCAAUUGUGGAGUGGGACAUUUAUAUGUCUCAGAGUAAAAACGGGGAUGAAGUUUUUACUUCGGUGAAGAGAUUGAAUAUUAAGAAUGCAGAUUGGGAAAAGUUUGACAAGGAGCUUUCUUCUGCCAUUAAAGAUUUUAAUGUGCAUAACAAAACUCUAAAAUCAACUGACCAAAUUGAUGACCAAGCUAAAGUUCUUGAGGAGGUUGUAAAAAGAGCAAUGGCAAAGUCGAUGAAGGAAGUUAAGGUGAUGAAAAAGUCCAAACGCUAUUGGAAUCAAGAAUUAAGGGAGAAAAAAGAAGAUGGAACUCUCACUACUACUGUUGACGAAAAAAGACAUGAAAUAUGGAAGGCACUUCUACCUGAAAUUGAUCAUGGUCUUGAUAGAGAGUUUGAAAUUGAUGACGAUUCUCGAUGGCCAAAAUUAGAGUUUGAUGAAGUUGACUCUGCAUUGGCUGAUACCCCAAAUGAUAAAGCUCCAGGAGACGAUGGAAUUACUGGCAAAGUUUUAAAGAUGGCAUGGCUAAAUAAAGACUUUAAGGAAAGGUUUUUCAAGCUUCUCCAAGCUUGUGUAAAGUUUGGAUACCACCCAAAAGUCUGGAGACAUGGCAUUAUUGUUGUUAUACCUAAACCUAAGAAACCUGACUAUUCAAAGCCAAGAGCAUACCGACCAAUUUCCUUACUUAAGAUUCCAUCUAAAGUACUGGAAAAAUUAUACAAAAAGAAUGACCAAGCUUACAACACACUUACUUCCACCAGAGCAAUAUGGGGGAAGACAAGGUUAUUGUGCUACUGA